CUGCAGCUUCGUGUGUUCAGUUUCGUGCAGACUGUCGCUGACUGCACAGUAAACCUUGUUGUGUGUGUAGCUGCUGGAUGCAGGUCUCAGGGAGUUAAAGGAGGAAACUGGACUGAAGCUGGAACCAGAGGGUGUUUCUCCAAAAAUACUGGGACUCUGGGAGUCUGUGUAUCCUCCCAUGCUGUCCAGAGGACUUCCUCAGAGACAUCACAUAGUCAUCUACAUGCUGCUGCGGUCCUCCGUCUCUCACCUGCAGCUGCAGGCGUCUCUGAGCCCGUCUCCUGCUGAGGUCAGCGCCUGUCUGUGGGCGGACAGCCGGCUGGCCAGAGCCAUCGUGUCCGCUGUGGACGGAGAGGACAGCGAGGUUAAAGUGGACGGCCUGCAGAGCAGCGUCAGCGUGUCUCAGGUGUCCGCAGAAGGAGCUCUGACCGACUCCGCUCUGCCUCUGGAGGUGUUUGUGAGCCGGGCGCCCGCCAGCGGCCCGGACGUGGAGCGGGUCAGCACCGGCACCAAGUUCGCCCUGGAGCUUUGGCUUAGGAGCCUUGAGACCUCUGACCUCUGACCUCUGCACCCUGAAGGCGUCAGGAGGGACAGCUCUGCAUCACAGAAAAUACUCUCUGUAAAUGUAACUUUGAUUUUAAUGUAUUUUAAAUCUCAUCUUUAUUUUUAUGAUUUAAUUAUAUUUUUUAUUUGCCAAUAAAACAGAGCCGGGACAGAAAGGUCUGACUGCAGCUUCAGGCCAGCAGGGGGCAGAGCAGACACCCGAGCCUCCACCUGUCCCCGCUGACCUGAGGAGGGUUUUCGGGUUUCUCUCUCAUGAAGCUCAGACUUCAGCAGCUUUGGUUAAUUUAAUAUGUCAGAUUAAAAAUUGACGAAUGAUGUGAAUUUAACUGGCAGAUUUGAGUAUUUAUAAACUCAAUACAUCUAAACGUCAGAACAACAAAAAUAAAACUUUUUCUCCACUA